ACCCUUCCGCAGGUAUUCAUAUUGCAUACUAACAGUUAUUUUGAUAGAAGCAUGAAAUUCUAAUUAUUUUCAACAUAGAAUUUAAAAUUCAUAGUUCUUAUCAAAUUUUUUCGUUGGGAUUUCUUUAGAAAAUUAUGUUUAAUGAUUUACACAUUUGCAAAUGGUUCAUUAUUAUAAAAUGCAACGCUUUCUCUGAUUGGUUGAUGGUAUUAAGCAUCAAAGAUGGCGAAUCGUUAUUUUUGUUGUUUGAAAAUUACCACUGUUAAAAUGUAAUAGAAUACUGACAAUCAAGUGAAACACGAUAUUCAACAGAAUUCUGUAAAGUUCUGAUUGAAAAUUUCUCACAGCAGGAAUAUAUUCAGGAAGACCUCCAGUACCGCGUAUUACCCGCCAAUCGGAUAAAAGCUCUUAACCGUUAGCUUUGUCCAGGAACGCUAUGGAUUACAGCGGAACUCCGUCAUUCUGCGUGUUGAAUUGUGUCCGUCUAUGAAAGUUUUGUUUGAAAGGUAACUGUAUUUACGUGCAAAUUGUUAUAGAUUCCACAAUUGUUUGCAUAUUUCUGACAUAUAGUGCUAGAUAUGAGUAAAUUAUUGCAGAAACUGGAUCGACGUUGUCACUCAUUGGUCACGUGACCAUUCAAAGCCUAUAGCAAUAAUGGCGGCUGUAAAUAUUUUCAUUUUAAGGACUUAGCGCUAAUUGAUUGCAUGCUUGUUGUGUAUUUUUUUGUGUCAAAAACAUGAAAAAAUGAUGUUCCGAAUACAAUAUAUAUAAAUAUUGCUUCCAAAUGUCUGGAAGAGGCAGGAGAGGUCGUGGCCGACCGCCAAAAAGAGCAGCCAUUUCUCAUAGAGUUAAUUUACUAAAAAAACCUCGAUAUUUAUACGCUGGUUCAGGUAAUCAUGGUUCUCGUAUAUCAACAAAACCAGGUGAAAGUAGUCCCUCACGUAGGGGAUCCCACGUGCAUUAUCGAGGCCGUUUACGUGAAAAAUCGAAUAGAGGCCGCAAUUUUUUCUCAAAUAUAUUGGACUAUGAAGGAGAAGAUGAAAUAGAUGAAAAUUUUUCUAGUGAUGACAGUGAGUAUAAUCGUGAAGAAGAUGUGGAGGAGGAAGGAAAUGAAUCGGAUGUCAGUUUUCCGGAAUCGGACGAAUUAAGUGUUUAUUCACAAAGUAGUUUUAGCACAAUAUCCAGCACAACACCUGCCAAAAGAAAGUGGUGUAAAAGAGCAACAACACCAGUAUUUUUGCAAGAGCGAGACUAUCCAAUUUUGACUCUUCCUAAAUCUAGUGAUGAUUUAUUAUUACCUAGGGAAUAUCUUAUGCAAGCAUUGGGUGUGUAUGAAGUUCUUAGGCAUUUUCGAAAUAUUUUAAGACUCACUCCAUUUUUAUUUGAAGAUUUUUGUGCCUCACUUUCAUCAACAGAUCAGACUGCUUUACUUUCUGACAUUCAUAUUAUGCUUUUGAAAGCUAUUCUACGAGAAGAAGAGGCCCAAGGAACAAUGUUCGCUCCCUUAGAUAUGAGAGACACAGUAAAUAUUCAUUUUUAUUUAAUAGAUAGCAUGACGUGGCCAGCAGUUCUUCGUAUGUAUUUGCAAAGUGAUCCAGACUACAAAGAUGUGUUAAGUGUCAUGAAAAAUUGUGAAUAUCCAUUUACAUCUAUUGAAAGUCGACUAACUGUUUUAGAAUUUUUAUGUGAUAAUUUUCUCACCACGUCGCCUGCUAGGGAUGAUUUAAUCAGUGAAGGCAUGAUUUAUCAUGAUGACCAUUGUCGAGCUUGUCACAAACUUGGAGACCUAUUGUGUUGUGAAACAUGUCCUGCUGUCUAUCAUCUAGCGUGCCUUGAUCCACCUUUGCAAGAAGUUCCAACUGAAGACUGGACGUGUGCGAUUUGUAAAGCAAAUCAAGUUCCUGGGGUUACUGAUUGUAUUUCUGAAAUAGAGAAAAAUAUGCUAUUGAGUCGUCAAGAGUGUCUUGGUCUUGAUCGCCAUGGUCGAAAAUAUUGGUUCCUUUGUCGGAGAAUUAUUGUCGAAGGGGAAGAUGCAUCUUAUUACUACACAACUAAAUUGCAAUUUCAAGAACUAAUGGAAACUUUAGAUGCAAAUGAUUUAGAAUAUGAUGUAUACAGAGUUUUAGAAGAUAUGAAAGAAGAAAUUAUUAGACAAAUGGAUAUAACAGAAAAGCUUACUAACAGUGCAAAGGGAAAUAAGAAGUCAUAUCUAGAAGUGGAAAAUGCUGCUCUAGCAAAGAUACAGAGUGAAAGAGCAAUUCAAAAGGCAAAAGAAGAAGAAGAAAGGCGACGUGAGGCUGAACGAAUUGCAGCAAUGAUGACAUCUAAUUUGACUGAUGGAUCUCUGAAUGAAAAUGAUCAGUGGAAUAACAACAAUUUUCCUAAUUCACAUCAUAUGGAUGGAUCAUUUGAAGAUCAAGGUGAGGAACAAAAUAUUUGCUCUACAUCAGUUGCAAGCACUACCACUUCUACCAAACCUGUCACAAUUGUUAAAGUUGGGAACAAUGAAGAAAAGCACGAGACUGAUGAGAAUCCUGUUAAAAUGAAUAACCAUGCUGAAUUAAAUUCAAUAAGUGAAAAUAAUGCAGAUGAUAAGCCAAAAAUAAAAAGUGAGGAAAUUUCGGUUAAAUCUGAAAAUAUGGAAUGUGACGAUAACAGUAGAUCUAAUGAAGCUAACAUAAGUGCUGAAGGAGGCAGUGACAUAAAUGAAGAAUCAAGUAAUGCUGGAUCAGAAAAUAAUGUUGAUGAUCCUCCUAAAGAUAAUGGUGAGAGUAGUGAAAAAUCUGAGGAGUCUGAUUCCAAAAAGGGUAUUCAUUUGAAGAUAUUUGCCAAAGGAGGGAAAGGGAAUUUCAUAAGGCUGGAGAAAAAGGAAGACGAUGACACUGACAGUCAAAAAGGUGGCAUAGUUACCAGAUCCAAAACGGGAGCUUUAACGCCUCGGACUUUCUCAAAUGAAAAUAAACCUGUUGGAAAUUUUGUUAAAACUCGAAAAAAUGGCGAGGAAUCUAUUAUAAUUGUGAGCAAAGAUGGUGAAAUCACACGAAUGACUACUCGGUCAAAGAGUAGUAACUCAGCAUCAACCGGACCAACUCUAUAUAAAUUGGGAAUGGAUUCAACUGGAAAACCCUAUUCUAAUCAGUAUACAACUAAUACUCUAGCUCUUAAUAAACAUCAGCAUGCAGAAGAUAGAGACAAGAAACGGCAUUUGUCUCAUAAAUUUAGCUUAACAGCUGCUAGUGAAUUCAAAUGGCAAGGUUCUACCUAUGGGGAUAGGGGGUUCACGGUAGCAACUUUGCGUCAAGCAUUUUUACAACUUGAAAAUAAUAUUCCUGCUUAUUUGCUUCAUGCUUAUUGGACAAUCCAUCGAAGUAAUUGGUUGAAAGCUGUUAAUAAGUGUAGUGCUGCACCAGAUUUUGCUUUUGCUCUGAAUAUUUUAGAAGCUUGUAUGAAGCCUGUUCUAUUUACGACUGUCUGGAAUGAUUCAUUAGGUCAUGUACGAUUACAGCGCACAACUGCAGUUGACCGUGAAGAUCGAAAAAAACAAGAAAAACGUGAGAAACGAGAGGGGCCUGAAGAAGAAGUAGAUAGAACUAUGUGGGUGAAAUAUACACUAGGAUUAAAACACCAAGUUUGGAAACAAAAGGGAGAAGAAUAUCGUAUAACAGGUCAGGGUGGAUGGCGAUAUAUCAGUUAUACACGUACAUACAAAUUCAAGCCGUGCUCUGAACUUGGGCUACGUGCAGGUCCUCAUAAAGUAGUUAUCUCUGAAAAAGGUUGUGAACCUAGAAUCAUGGAGACAAAAGAAUAUUUAAUGACUGUUACUGAUAUACCUGAAGAUAUCAAACCAUUAUUCAGUUUUGCUUCUGAGGUUGAGCUUAAGUCUGAACCAUCAGAGGAAAUGGAUACUGAUCAAUUAGAUGUAGAAACUGUUAAACAAGAGCCAAUGGAUGAGGAUGAUUCUGAGGAGAAAAAGCCAGUUUUUAAAAAGAAAUAUAUACCUAAAAAUGUUGGUGUCUUAACAUCUUAUAGAUUAAAUCCAGACUUGGAUAUUGAUUUGAUAAAUGUCUCGGAAGCUCUUGUUGAGAAGGUUCGAGUCACUUAUCCUAGAAUACCAAAACCUAGUAAAUUAGAUGAGUAUUUAGACAUUCGAUUAAAAACCAUAGAAGCACAAGAGAAUGCUACAGAUCAAGGUGACAAGAAAAAUCCUUCAAAUUUAGUUAAAGUAGAAGUUAAAUCCAACAAUAUCCCAACACAAAGUGUAAAACUGCUGGUAAAGAAAGGUGCAACUGCUACAGAAAUUUCCAGAGCUAUUGCUACCAAACUUGGUCGAAGGGAUUUAUUUAAACCUAAAAUAACAAAGAGUUUAUCUAAUGGAGAAAUUAGCGGUAUUAGUGUUGAGGAUACAAAAUUGACUAGCACUUCACUUUUGAAAUUUCCUAGGAGAUGCUAUUCGCCUCUUUGCAGAGCUGAAAAUACACCACAAAAGCUUGGAGGGCAAUGCAAUUGUUAUUCACCUUCCUGUCGUACCUUCCGUUCUGGUCAAGUAAUAAUAGUCCGUAAAGCUCCUGAUCAGCCAAAUACAAAAUUUAAUUUCAUUAAUGCUGCAGGUAUCGAUAAAAAGAUUAUACCUGCAAAAGAUUCUACAAAAACAGAAACUGUUAUCAUUAAACAAAUUUCCCAUUGUGGAUUGAUGAAUAGUGAAUCAAAAGUUGUUAAUAGUGCCACUUCCCAUCCUCUUCAAACUGUUCCGAAAACAGAAGAUGGAAAUUCUAGUCCAGAUGUCAAAGAUGAAAGUGCGAGUGGUAAAGCAAAACCUAAUUGUACAAAUAAAGAACUUGGCACGAAAGGGAAAGCAUUCCUGGGAAAAGUUAGGACUUCUAAAAAGUCUAAGAAGACUGGGAAAGGUGUUUUACCUCCAUGUAAUAAAUUCAAUACUCCUGCUGAUAUCAAAAGUAUUCUUGUAUUACCUCCUCAUGAGUUAAGAAAACUAUGUAGAAAAGGUGGAUUGCGUGAAGCUGCUGGUUACAAUUAUAAUGCUAAGAAUAACCCUUACAUUUGGCCAUAUGGUACAUGUCCAAGACCCUCCUUUAAGUUGGCUUGGCAGUUUAGAACUCAAACUCUUACCACUAUUCAUGAAGCUGCUUUACAGCUUCGUGUAAUCUGGUCCUGUAUUCGCUGGGAUGAUGUACAAGCAAAACCACCGCCUAGUGGAACAAACACCAUAUCCACUGAAACUGAAGUGCAAACUGUCGAAUUACUUCAACGAAGAGAUGUUGGCAUGUUUGGUCUCAGGUCUGAAUAUUUAGUAAGAAGAAUCACUGUGCCUAUUGACUUACCUUCCAAGCCACGAGUUAAAUCUACACCUCAGCGAAGUGGUUUGCGUGAGCGACGCAGACCAGAAUCUCCUGAAAAUAAGCUUCCUACUGUUUCUGAAAGCUGGGUUCCAGAAGAAGAUUUGGAUUUAUGGGAAAUUCGGGAAUUUGGUGAAAUGAUUGAGAAAAAGAAAAGGGAACAUUUGCGAGAUCGCCAAGCUCAUCAGCAGUCGCAGCAGAGUGCAGAGAAAAUUAAAGCACAGAUGGAAGCUCAACUAGUUCAACAGAGGCUUGCUCUGCAGCAGAAGAGAUUACUGGAAUCUGGCCAAGGAUCUAAAACUCCUAAUAAAGUAACUCUCUCUUCUAAUCCAAAAACUUCAAAAAUUACUUCUGUUUCUUCUACAUCCUCUACUGCUACUGUAGCAAAGAUUUCUUUGGUUUCAACUACUUUGUCAACAUCUACUACAACAACAAAUGUUAAAACCUAUCCUGGAAUUAGAAGAAUUUUCACCAGUCGUACACCUAAAACAGAUGGUAAAUCUUUGGCUUCUUUGACAACUACCACAACAAAAGUUCCCAUAACUACAACUAUAUUGCCGAAAUCGCCAUUGGUUGUAAGAACUCCAAACGCUGCUAAUACUUCCAAUACAGCUACACGACCAACAGUUUUGACGUUGGGAGGCCAGAUUGUUCGUCAGCCAGUUAGCAAUCCAACACCUGCUGCUGCAUCCAUACGUACACAGAUUCAAUUAAUACAAGGACCAAAUGGUCAACUCCAAGUUCGAGGACUUUUGCCAGGCCAACAACUGAUCAGAUUAUCGGAUGGUCGCCUUCAGUUAUUAACAUUACCAGCGCAAGCUGUUCAACAAACACAACCUGAACAGACUAUACAGACUGUACAACAAGCUCAACAAGUCCAGUUGCCAGCUUUGAGACCAGCUAUUUCGCUAGCGCCUGCACCAACAGUUACAACAGGAGCUGCUGUUGCUACUUUAGCAACAUCUACUGCUAUGUCAAUUUCUAUGCCUACAGUUGCAAAUAUUGCUGCUCCUGGAACUAUACAACUUGUAACACAGGGUCAGACAGCUCAAAUAAAGUUCCAAUCGCCAGUUGCUAUUACUCCUAAUUUGAUAUCAACUGCGGGAGCAACAGUAACUACGACUCCUGCUACCUCAAAGUUAAUACAAAUUCGACCUCAAGCACCUGCUGUUCAAACUGUAGCAAGACAAGUGCGUCCUGUUGCUCCUGUUGGUCAGCAAGUUCGAAUACAAACAGCUGCUACUAUUCCUGGGCUGGCAACGGUUGUGCAACCUGGUGUGACUUCAGCUGCACCUCAAGUUGUUACAACUGCUCAAACGCAAGUUACUACCCAAACCAACAAAAUUUUGUUGUCUCCUACUCCGGUUAAAGUAACUUCUCCUGAUGGAAAACAGAUUUUGGCAAGUCCAACUAAAGUUGUCACUGUAACAAGCAAGGGUGAUGGUACUUCCCAACAGUUUGUCUUAACAAAUGCUAUUAAGCAGCAAAUUGUACGGCAAGCACUGAUGAACCAGCAUGCUUCACCAGAAAUUCAACAAAAACUUUUGGCAAUGCAACGUCAUCAACAAGCACAAAUGCAAAAACAGCAGCUAGAAACUGAUGGUAAAGUAACAUCUCCUAUUAAAAUUGCAACCCCUAUUGCACCUGCUAUAGCUGAUAAAAACAAGAUUAAAGCAUUGACACCAGAACAGAAAGAAGAUAGUCAGAGGUUAGCUGUAUGUCAAGUUGUUGUCAAAGGUAUUGUGGAUCGUGUGGAGAGGGAUGAAAAAAAUACUCAUCGUAGACAAAAGAGUAAAGAAUCUGCUGAAGAGAGAAAAGUAAGAGCUGGGGCUGCCAAACAGCAAACUCUCCUUUUAAGGCAUACUGAAUUGUUAAGGAAAGACAUUCUGAAAAAACGAGCUAUAAUGGAAAAAGAAAUCCAACUGGAAAUUCAGGCUGAAGUUCAAGAUGAAGUAAAGAAAAGAGAAGCCAUAGCUGCAAUACCACCUCAGGCAAUGUCAGUUCAAACUCCUGUAGUACAGCCGAAAGUUAAAAAAGCCGUACAACAGUCGCCAAAGCCUCCAGUAAAGGUAGUUAAAACACCAAAAUCUCCUAAACUGGCCAAAUCCCUACCAAACAAGCCUAUUAAAGUAGAAAGUCAAAUUAAGGAAGACAAAAUAGUGAAACCUCCCAAAAAGAGAAAAUCGCAAUCAAGUGAAAGUGAUGGUAUAGAACAGAAUACGAAAACUCCAGCAAAGAAGCAAAAGUCUGCAAUUACUAAACCAGCUGACCAUAAAGCUCUGGAUCAAAGGAAACUUUAUUGUAUUUGUAAAAAACCAUACGAUAGCAAAAGGUUUAUGAUUGGAUGUGAUUUGUGUUCUAACUGGUUUCAUGUGGAAUGUAUUGGAUUAACAGAAGUAAAAGCUAAAUCAAUGUCAAGAUAUGUAUGCAAUGAUUGUACGAAAGCUACAGAAACUGCGGCUGAGGAAUUGUACUGUCUUUGUCGUUCGCCUUAUGAUGAGUCUCAGUUUUACAUAUGUUGUGAUCGAUGUCAAGAUUGGUUCCAUGGCAGAUGUGUUGGGGUUCUACAGAGUGAAGCAGAUUCCAUUGAUGAAUAUAUAUGUCCAAAUUGUCAAAGCAAUACUGAUAUAAAUCAUGCAAAUUUGAAAUUACUGGAAAAUAAAGACUACGAGAAUAUAAAGAGAUUGCUAAAAUCUCUUAUGAGUCACAAGCAUGCAUGGCCAUUUAUGAAACCUGUAGAUCCAGUUGAAGCUCCAGAUUAUUACAAAGUCAUUAAAGAGCCAAUGGAUUUAAAAACUGUUGAGCAAAGGUUGAAUUCUCAUACCUAUAAGAAACUGGCUGAUUUCAUUGGUGAUAUGACAAAAAUAUUUGACAAUUGUAGAUAUUACAAUCCUCGAUCAUCGCCAUUCUACAACUGUGCAGAAAUGUUGGAAUCAUUCUUUGUACAAAAAAUAAAGUUAUUCCGGGAAAGUAUAACGUGAAAUUAGACUUGUAUUUGGCAGUGGCAUAUUUGCCACGUAGGAGCAACAAUUCAACCCAUGUAUAUAAGUGUAGAGAAAUGUCUUAAUGAUUGACUGAGUUGCUCUACCCACCUGUCCAAAACUUCGCUAUAGAAUUCAACUCGUCAUUUGAAUGGAAUUCAAAAUCUGAAAAGGCUACAAGUUCAAAUUCUCAUUUUUAGUAGUUUGCACUACUUUGGGCUCACUUGCUUACGUACCUGACAUAAAAUGUUCAUGAAAAAUUGCAUUCAUUAAAAAAAAAAUUAAAGACUUUUUAUCAAUAAUAGCAUCUUUUAUUCACAAGUUGGAAAAAGACGAAGAAGAUAAAGUGUAUAUAGACACCAGCAGAAGGAAAACCAUGGUUCUUUGAAUAAGAAUGUUCAUAGGAGCCCAAAAUGCCAUUGCACAUGUAUUAUAUUGCUGCUCGUGAUGAACUUCAGGUUUUAAGCUUACAUUUUACAGUUAACUUUUUGUACUUGAGACAGAAUCAGAAUCAUCCGAGUAUACAUACAAAGUCAUGGAAUUGCAACUCCAUUAUUGUCUGCCAUAUUCAAAACUUGUUCAUUAUGUGUUCUGUACAAAAUCGGAAUCCAGCUGUUACAUAUGAUGAUGGAUAGGGCAUGGAAUUGCUGAGAUUUUAAAAAAUGCGUCAGCCUUUCAUUCGAUAGUUGAUUUACAAUAGGUUCACUUUCCACAGGAAGCAUUUCUUGACAAUGAAAUUUGUUUUCAUAAUUUAAUACUCUUUAAAUAUCUUUUGUAAACAUUUACUUAAUUAGUUAUUUGUUAAUUCUGACUACAUUUGAAGUUUGGCAUCAUGUUGUAUUUAUAAAAUGCAUUUCAAAGAUAACUUUUUUUUCAGCUUUUACUGCUUUUUAAUUAAAUGUUUAUUAUUAUUAUUUUGUUGACUGCAAUUGCAGUAAUUUUUUUAAUGAUGUUAUAUAUCUUCUGUGUUACAUGAAAUAAAAUGUGUCUGUGUAAAACAUUGACAAAAUGUUACAUUUAAAAGAAAAUAAAAUAUCCUGCAUGAUUAUUCAAUUUUCAUUCAUUUCCUUUUGUGAAUAAAUUAUGAUAGUUUUGCAUUAUUUUUUAAAAAAUAAGUUUGUGAUCAGUGGACCUAUUGAUAACUGUAGAUCUGAGAUUACUGCAGUCUGUUUGUAAAUAUCUAUUAUAUAUAUUGCAAUGUGCAUUUCCUCAUUGUAUAUUUCACCAUUCCAUCACCACAAAAAGUAAUUUUUUAAUGCUUGUUUUGUUUUUUGCAACAUUUCUUAAUGAUGCUGCAAAUACUCCAAGGUCAGUUUUGUGUUGGAUAGACGAAUAACUAGGAUACAAGAUUAUUUUAAAUUAAGUAUUUGUUUUAUAAGGUAACAUAAAUGUAAAUACAUUUCAUUCUAAAUUGAACUAAUUUAUUGCAUUUAAAUUGUUGCUUUCCUUUAUGCCUAGAAUUUGCAAAAAUGUAGUACAUAAAUGCAUUAUUUUUUAUUUUGUUCAUGAAAUAUAAUAAAAUUUGUAUCCAUACAAAAUAUCUUCUUUUACAUUUAUAAUUCAGUUGAUAUAGUUUGAUAGCAUUUAUUUCCAUACUGCAAUGAACUACUUGAUCCAUCCUUGAAACAUGUAGAUUUAUGUUAUAGAUCAGGGCUUCUUAAACUGUGGGUUCUACCCCCAAAUGUAAUCGUCAAGGUACUGCUGGAUUCUACAACAUUACUACACAAACUUUUAAGAGAACCUUCUUGGUUUGAAAUAUUUUAUUUAUUGCUAUUUUCCUAAUAACUGUAUUUAAUUAAAUUUCUUAAUCUCUAAUUGAAUUUAUAUUUUUCUACUUCUGUGUAUUUCUGGGGUUGCUACUGGAAUAAGUUCAAGGAGCCCUGUCAUAGGCAAUACUUAAGUGUUAAUGCUUUAAUUAACACUGAUUAGCUAUUCUUAGAGCUAAAUAAAUUAAGUUUAGAUUGAAUGUGUGUGAAUUGUUUAGAACUGAAAAAAAAGAAAAUAAUAUUUUUUAAAAAGUUAUAUGUGUUUAAUUUGUUUGUUUCCGUAUUGUAUAUGUUUCUUGAUAGAAUGAAUCAAAUUUUAAGCUGUUGAUUUGAAGUUUGUGCUUCCGAAAAAAUAAGUUUGAUGUUUUUAUAUUAUUACUAUGAAAGUAACUAAAUUCAGUGAUUAUGUCAGCAAUAACAAAAUUGAUUUGAAGUUUGUGCUUCCAAAAAGAUUAAGUUUGAUGCUUUGUAUCAUUAUUGUGGAAGUAACUAAAAUCAGUGAUAUAACUGUCAGCAAUAAUUUAACAAUUUUUAUUGUAACCUGAUAUAUGUUACCAGAAAAGGAUGUUUUAAAAUUAUAAUGCUCAGUACUCUUACAAAUUUAAUACUCUUUUUUUGUAGCAGAAUUUUUUACUGCCUAAUGAAUUGUUCCUGCUGGUUAAUUCUGCUCUAGUAACAAUAUUAAAAAAAGUUCAUAACCAGUAGAUGACAGAACUCAGAUAACUACUGUGGUAGUAUUACUCAGCCAUGAAAUGGUGAUCACCCAGUGCUAUAGAUCUCAAAAUAAUUUCCUAUUCUUAAAUUAUUUAUUUAUUUAAUUUUAAGUUAUACUGUUUGGAAUCAAGUUUAACUCUGAUUAUUUUUUUUUUGUGUUUUUGCUUUUAAAUUCAAACCCUGUGUGUCUUAAAGCCAUUUUCUGUACAUAAAGCUGUUCCCAUUUAUUAAAGACGAAAAAAACUUGACUGUGUAAUCUGUACCAUCCACUUAUUGGUACUGUCAACAAAUUUGUAGAUAGUGACAACAAUGCUGUGUGCAUGUGUUUGUCAUUUGUAAUUUCAAUUAUUAAAAAGAAUAUACUUAUGAGUAGUUUUAA